AUGGCUGAGCAGAUGCCUCCAAAGCGCCAAAGAGAAGAAACCCAGAGCUCAAACGAAGAACUAUUUGAGGAGACCAAACGCCACAAAUCAUACCAUCAUGUACUAUCUUUGUUCGAAACAGAAGAGGAGGAGCCAAGCCAUGACGUUUCUUCUCUCAUCACCUCUUUACAGCAACAGCUCUCUUCGGAAGACGCCCCUUUCCCUCCAUACCAACCGCCCUCAAAAGCCGAUGACCAAGAGAACCCUGCCGCCAUGACUAACAGCGACUGCAUGCUCAGCAUAGAAGGCCACAAGACGGCGACUUCUUCCCUGAAACGAGACGAGGGUUACCGGUACGAUGAUAAAGAGCAAGUCAUUAGGCGUUUGCUCGAAGCUUCUGAUGAUGAGCUAGGGAUUCCGAACAAACAAAGCGUUCUCAGCGUUGAGUUCGAUGAAGGUUUCCAUAAUGGAGGAAAUGGUUUUGCAUUGUGGGAUGGACUAUGGGAGCUUGAAGACGAGGCUGCUAAUUACCAUACUUUGUUACAGUCUCAACUGUUCAUGUAG